UAAAUAAAUGGACUUGCCCGCUCGCUCUCAUUUGGGUGAUUUUCUCGAGAGACCAGCGUUUCGCGUUUUAUGGGCACUGAACAUUUGGUAUCACUGGAUCUUUUCUCCGGCGGCUCUCCAUGACUGGCUUUGCGUAAAGCGAAUUUUACGCACGGACGAUGGCACGGAUAAGGCUAAUAAAGAAGUAGAGGUUUUGUCCUCCCCAUCAUUUACCCCGUGGGGGGGAAGAAGGAUCUCGCGGGGGGUAGUUUCUCAGUGAACGGCGAGCUGUGCCACCGUACCACUCCGCAUCGGAGUGCCCGGCCGCUUGCGGUGGAAUGCGUCUCCCCGUGGUGUUUGGGCUCCUCGUCGGCUGCGCCCUGAUUUUCGCACCUGUUAACGAGGGCUGUGGGCCGGGGAGGGGACAUGGGAAAAGGCGGCCUCCGAAGAAACUGACACCCCUUAAUUACAAGCAGUUUAGUCCAAAUGUAGCCGAGAAGACACUGGGAGCCAGCGGGAGAAUCGAGGGCAAGAUCACCAGGAACUCAGAGCGCUUUAAAGAGCUCACGCCGAACUACAACCCGGACAUCAUCUUCAAAGAUGAGGAGAACACAGGUGCGGAUCGACUCAUGACGCAGCGCUGUAAAGAUAAGCUGAACUCUCUGGCUAUCUCUGUGAUGAACAUGUGGCCCGGGGUGAAGCUCAGGGUGACCGAGGGUUGGGAUGAAGACGGCAAUCACUUUGAAGAUUCGCUGCAUUACGAAGGAAGAGCUGUCGACAUCACCACUUCUGAUCGAGACCGUAAUAAAUAUGGCAUGUUGGCCCGUCUUGCAGUGGAGGCCGGUUUUGAUUGGGUCUACUAUGAGUCCAAAGCUCACAUCCACUGCAGCGUCAAGUCAGAGCACUCUGUGGCUGCUAAAACCGGCGGUUGUUUUCCAGCAUCGGCUCUCGUCACCGUUGAGGAUGGAAGCUUGAAGACUUUGGACAGCUUGCAGCCUGGAGAGAAAGUCCUGGCUUCAUCGGAAAGCGACGGAAGCGGGACGCUUGUGUACAGCGAGGUCAUCGCCUUCCUGGACCGUGACCCUUCCGCAAGGAAGCAGUUCUUCACCAUUGAGACAGACUCUGGUGCGAAACUGAGCUUGACGGCGGCUCAUCUGCUGUUUGUAUCUGAAGGGAACUGCUCAGGGUCUGCAGCCAAUGCAGAACUGCGGUCUGUAUUUGCUAGCGAUGUGCUGCCAGGUCAGUGUGUGGUGUCCACACAAGCAGCAGGACGGCACGGACGUUUAUCACGGGUCUCUCGGAUCCAAAUGCAGGAGGACAGGGGGGUCUUCGCUCCACUCACCAGCCAUGGGACGGUGGUGGUCAAUGGCAUUGUUUCCUCCUGCUACGCAGCCGUGGACCAGCACUGGCUGGCUCACUGGGCUUUCGGGCCACUCAGGGUACUUUAUAACUGGGGAGGUCCUGUUGGACAUCAAGUCACAGGGAUACACUGGUAUUCCUCAUUGCUUCACUGGAUCGGAACUCAAGUGCUCGAUCCAGCACACUUCCAUCCUUGGAGCAUGAUGGACAAUGAUAGAUGAAAAUAAGGGAGGAAUGAGGAAGUUUCCAAAAAAAAAAAAAA